AUGCUUCUCCGUCUGCCGUACAGCUUGCACUACCCGAUAACAAUCACGUCGUUGCUUAAAAGCGCGGGUGAUGAGGUUAAAAAGGAUGAGGCGUUGUUUCGGUAUAACUACAAGACUAAGGUUGAAGAAAUAAACAUAUGGGGCGAGACGGAAUGGAAGGAACGGAAUUUCCCUACUCGUUUUGAGUCGACCGUUGAUGGUCAGGUUGAGGAGUGGAAGAUUUGCGAAGGAGAUAUUAUUGAUGGACCGAUGGAUGUUGUAGAAAUCGCCGAGCCUUGUGCUCACGAGGUUCAAUAUGGUGGAAUGUGUGCUGAGUGUGGAAAGGACAUGACUGAAGCAUCCUACAAUACCGAAAUGAUGGACUCCAUGCGCGCUCCGAUUCAGAUGUCCCAUGACAAUACCGCCUUGACUGUCAGUGAGAAGGAGGCUAAUCGUGUUGAAGAAGAUGCCAAGCGUCGUCUUUUGGCAUCCAAGCGUCUCUCGCUUGUAGUAGAUCUUGAUCAGACCAUCAUCCAUGCCACCGUAGAUCCUACCGUUGGAGAAUGGAAAGAGGACAAGGAUAACCCCAACUACGAAGCACUAAGGGAUGUCAGGCAAUUCAGAUUGAUCGACGACGGACCGGGAAUGCGCGGCUGUUGGUACUACAUCAAACUCCGGCCCGGACUGGAAGAUUUCCUGCAGAAUAUCGCAGAGCUGUAUGAAUUGCAUAUCUACACCAUGGGCACUCGUGCAUAUGCACAAAACAUUGCAGAUAUCAUUGAUCCGACACGCAAGCUUUUCGGAGAUCGAAUUCUAAGUCGCGAUGAAAGUGGAAGCUUGACAGCCAAAAACCUCCACCGUCUAUUCCCAACUGACACAAAAAUGGUUGUCAUCAUUGAUGAUCGCGGUGAUGUGUGGAGUUGGAACAAAAACCUCAUAAAAGUUUCUCCUUAUGAUUUCUUUGUGGGGAUCGGAGACAUUAACUCCAGUUUCUUGCCGCAGAAGCAGGAUAUUGGUGAAACGAAUAAUAAGGCGGUCGCCAAGUCCCCGAAGCCUGAAACGAAGGAAGAUCAUGCCAACGGAGCAGUUGACAAACCGACUGGAGAAGGUGAUGUUUCCGCAUUAGCACAACUUGUCACGAUGGGCGGUGGCGAUGAUCCAAGAUUGCGGGCAGAACAGACCAACGCCCAGGAGGAAACUAUCUUGCACCAAGUCGAAGAUCGCCCACUGCUACAAAAACAAAAAGAAUUAGAUGCAGAAGAUGACGGCUCAGCUGAGAGCCACGAGUCCACUUCUAGUAUUGAAGAACCCCAAGAAAACAAACACCGACACCACCUACUUGAAGAUCAUGAUCGAGAGCUCUUCCAACUACAAGAACGACUGGAGCAAGUGCACGCCAAAUUCUUCGAUGAAUACGACAGAACACGUACUAGUGGUCUUGGGGGCCGUGUGGCAGCUCUGAGGGGGGAGAGAGCGCCCUUGAAAGACAAGGACGUUGACUUAAAGCUGGUCCCUGAUGUCAAGGAUAUCAUGCCCAAAAUAAAAUCUCGGAUUCUCGGGGGAAUUGUCGUUGUUUUUUCUGGCGUUCUUCCUCUGGGGACAGAUACCAAGAAUGCUGAUAUCUCUCGUUGGGCGAUGAGCUUUGGCAUUGUCAUUUCGUCAAGAAUAAACGGCCGGACGACUCAUCUCGUAGCUGGCCGAAACCGAACUGCUAAGGUGCGCGAAGCUACACGAUGGCCCGACGUCAAGAUCGUCACAACGCAGUGGCUUCUAGACUCCUUAGUAAGUUGGAGGCAUCUAGAUGAAGAGCCUUACCUACUUCCCGUUCAUCCAGACGACCGUGGUGAGCCCCUUUCGCCCAAGUCACGAGAACUCGCCGACAGCUCCUGGUUGUCGUCUUCAGACGAGGCGACAGGCUCCAUGUUCACCGAAGACGAAGGCAAUCCCGAUUCAGAAGACAUUUUUAGAGAGACGGGGCUGGAUGACCAUUCGCCUGUCGGAUAUGACGAAAACGAACAGGCAGCUGUACAUGACGAACUUAGGGAUUUCCUCGGCAGUGAUGACGAGAGCGAGAGCGACAACGAUGCGGGGGGAGAUGACUCGGCCGCAGCGAGUAAGAAACGGAAACGCGGCGAAGGAGCAGAUGUAGGCACCGAUGACGAGUCUACCGAGGAUGAGGAUGAUGAAGACAAACAAGGCUCUCGGCUCUCGCAACGGAUCAAGCGUUCAUACGAGCGAAGCACUGGCCUUCGAGAAGUCGCGAGUGUUGCAACAACCGAGAACAACGGAUUACCUUCCAGAGAACGGGCGGAGCAGGAGCAAGACAUCGACAAAGCAGCUGCCAGUAACGCUGGCUCUGAUGACGGGCAUCCCGAGAACCCAGAUGAUGACGAAGAUGAUCUGGAACGAGAGAUGCUUGCUGCAUUUGAGAAUGACGAGGACGAGGCUGGAGACGAGGACAUUGUUGAUGAGAAUGAAUGA